AUGAAGGACACAUGGAGCGCCCUUCUGCUGACUCAGACCCUUCGCGUCCACCCAGCUGCGGAGCAACCGCCGAGGCCCCCCAAUGCUACUGACCUCCUAGCCACCCCCUGGCAGGGGGGCAACAGGCAGCCGGUGACUGUAAGCGGAGAGGCCUCUGGGCAGGACCGUCAAGCCCCUCUGAGGAGCAAUGCCGGGGAGGCCUGGGUGGUCCCGGCCUCUUCCCGGGCAGCCGGACCAAAGGAAUCCCGCCGCCCCCCACCUGCCGUUCCCCCAGCGGACAGAGAUGCUGCUUCUGCUGCUUCCGAUGACCCUGGGGCCGGCCUCCCCGUGAGGUACUUUCCUGGUGAGAACGACCCAGAGAAAUACCAGAUGGGGACGACCCUCUGCUUGGGCUGCCUGGGUGGGGGGGAUCAACUGCGGGACCCUUUGGCGGGUCACCAAGGCCCCAUGGAAGCUCUCUCCAGCAUCACCAGCUUUGCUCUGCCAGCCCAGGAGCCAGACGGCGCCGGGAAGCUGACGGAGAGGAGAGAAGCGCCCGGGGGUGCGUCUCCCCUCCCCGAAAGCCAGGAAGAGGCCGGAAGUGGAGACCCCCACGCCCAGGCCUCCCCGAGCGAGGGAGAGGUGGCAGAAUGGACUGCCGUCCCCACCGCCCUGGAGGUUGCCACGGAGACGAGCUCGCCGGCGGGCCAAGACCUCAGUUACGACGCAGACGAGAGGGAACUCCUGCUUGGCACCGCCGGGGUGGCCGUGCUGCCGUCGCCCACGCUGAGCGGGGCCCCCGUCCAGACGCCAGAUGAGGCGGAGAGGGUUGUGGAGCAGGACUCGGCCCAGAAGGAGGAGCCUCUGGAAUUGUGGGUGGAUUCGUCGAGCAGCUCGCCUUCAGAGGGCGCUCAGGGCCGCACCGACCUGGCCUGGCUCGAUACCGAAGCGCCCCGGUUGGCCGCCACCCCUUCGGUGCUGGACAUCCAGACCUCGAAGCCGUCCUCGGACCCCUCCGCCUCGGAGAUCAUUGACAUAGAUUACUAUGACCUCUUUGACGGGGACAGUUUGGCGGGCGCCGGUCCCGAUUCCACCAAGAGGAAACCUUCCGACGACAAAGGCAUGUCGUGGUCCCUGCACGACCUCUACGACGACUUCACGCCCUUCGACGAGUCGGACUUCUACCCCACCACCUCCUUCUACAGCGACGGGGACGAGGAGGAGUUGGAGGAGCCCGAGGACGACGAGGAAGAGGAAGAUGGGGGAGGCGGGCUGGCUCGGGACCUGGAGGACGAGAAUGACUACCGGAUCCCCACGCCGGCGAUACCGAAAAUCCAGACUGUGGUCCAGGAAGCGGAAUCCACCAGCCGGCGCUACGUCAUCCCCCCGCUGCACACCUUCGUCGUCUCCGGGGGGAACGGGGCGGCCACCUCCAGGCCCCGCCCGGCUGACGGCGGCAGGGAACAGGGCCUGUCCGGCAGCGGCGAGAACGGCACCGACUGCCGGACCGGCUACGUCCGGCACAACAACUCCUGCAAAUCUGUGUGCGACAUCUUCCCCAGCUACUGCCACAACGGGGGACAGUGCUACCUGGUGGAGAAUUUGGGCGCCUUCUGCAGGUGCAACACCCAGGACUACAUCUGGCACAAGGGCACCCGGUGCGAGUCCAUCAUCACCGACUUCCAGGUGAUGUGCGUGGCCGUGGGAUCCGCCGCCCUGGUGGUCCUGCUCCUCUUCAUGAUGACCGUCUUCUUUGCCAAGAAGCUGUACCUGCUCAAAACUGAGAACAACAAACUGCGCAAGACCAAAUACCGAACUCCGUCGGAACUCCACAACGACAACUUCUCCCUGUCCACAAUUGCCGAGGGCUCCCAUCCAAAUGAUGACCCCAAUGCCCCCCACAAGCUCCAGGACCCCUUGAAAUCCUGCAUCAAGGAAGAGUAGUCCUUUAACAUUCAGAACUCCGUCUCGCCCAAGCUCGACAAUGGGAAAGGGGACCCUGGCGACGCGGAGGGGGUGAACUGCCUCCAGAACAACCUGACAUGAAGCCCGGGAGGGUCCGGAGAGCUCGAGCGGAGGGGGGGAGGGGGGGGAAGAAGCACGAGAGCCCCCGUUUCCUAUUGUACAAAGCUCAUCUCUUGUAACCGUUUGUUCUGUUUUCUUCCCCGACUUCAUAGCAUGCUUUGAUGUAUUUUGUACAGAGAAAAAAAGAGAGAGAGAGAGAGAGAAAAGAAAUAAUACGCGAGAAGACGACGCCAAGUGUUUCCUCAAUGAAGUGUGGGUUGUUUGGUAUGUCCCCGUCUAUAUAUUGCCUGGGAUAGCUCCUCCCUCCCCACCCCCCUCCAGGGGUCCAGUGGCCCUCUAACUCCCCAGGGGAAAGUUCCCAGAGGGGGGUCUGUACCUGGGGGGUGAGGUAGAUGGUAACCAGGAACAAGCCAAGCCCCACCGGUGCUGGCAGCGCUGUUGCUGUCGGGGCCUCCUGGCUCAUCCCG